AUGUCUCCGGGUCCCGCUCCCGCUGGGGAGCGGGGUGUCCCUGACAUCAUCGUCUGCAGAGAAGACAGGACCGGCUGGGGCGAGCGUGACACAUUCCCCUCGGCGGUCACAUGGGAGCCCCACCGGCAGCCCUGCCCCAGCCCCCGCCACGGCACCCCUAAGCACCCCCACGACGGAGCUGUCCUGCGCCCCCCCGCCUCCGGCGUCCACCGAGCACACGUGAGUGCAGCUGACCCCAGCUCCAGGAGCCCUGAGGAAGCCGCCUCCGCUGGCUCUGAUGCGGAGCUGACACUGCGGCCUGGAGCCCACAGGGCCGGGGCGGGAAAGGCCUCCCUCGGGGACCCCCGGCGGACCCCGGUUGUCCACGUCAGGUCCCUGUCACAGGCCUGCAGGGGCGAGGAAGCAGCCAAGGACUCAGGAGAGCGCGAGGCCCCAAUAGGGCAGCAUUGCCCCCUGCCCCAGGGUAGCUUGCCUGUAGUCGGUGUCCAGACGGGCCGGGGGGCGCCCAGGGUCCCGGAGAACCCCGGGGACCAGCGGCAGGCCCGGGCCUCAUGUGCGGGGGAUGCUCAGGCUCCCCAAGGCCGCAGCACGGCCACCCCCGGGACCCUGCGGCUCAGACACCCGACUCUGAAACCCCCUUCCCCCGCCCGCUCCCCUCAGGGCAGUGGGGAACCGUGUGUCCUGCAGGCAGCUCGGGGCCUCCACAGGAAGGCGUUUGCCUUUGGGUGGCUCUUUCCUAGGAACUGGGGGGUCAGCUGUGCUGGGUUGGUGCUGAGCUGGUUGCGGCCGGAUGGGACCAGGGCCCUUCCAGCUGGGCCUGCACGAGUGCCCGUGGCCUUCGGCGCGUGGGGUGGCCUGAGGCCCCUUGAGCCUGCGCAGAAGGACCAGUCCGCACCUUUUCCCAAUCACCUUUCCCCGCACUCCCCGCGUGCCCGGCUUCCUAAUUCCUUAUCCUGUAAAUACCCCAGCCCCAGGCCUUCUGGGAGGCAGACUUGA